AGUAUUGGCUGCUUUAACAUAAUUGAAUAAGAUUGGUGCAUCAAACCCAAUUCUUGCUCUUAUGUAAGUUGCAUCAACAUUCUCAGCUGAAUAAUUAAACAAUGUCCUCAAUAAAUUAGGUGAAGUCAGUGUCUAAUUAGCUGAAGCUCUUGAAGAUGCAAGAACAGCUGAAAUCUAAGCUUAAUUAGAUUUUGAAGCCUUAGUUGUUGAAAUUGCUUCAUAAAGAGAAUCAUUGAGUGCUGCUAGAGAAGAUUCUGAAAGAUAACUCUAAGAUAACUAAUAAGCUUUAGAUUUAUAAAAGAAGAGAAAGGAAGAUGCCACCGAUGAAUUGAAUGCUGCCUCAUCAGGAAAAGAAUAAAAGGAAGCUGAAUGUGACUCAUGGAGAACUUAAUAUGCUGAAGACUCAGAACACAGAUAAUAAGAAAUCUCCAUCAUCAGAUAAGUUGAAGAGAUUUUGGCUACCAAGUUAUCCAACGUCAAAGUUUACCUCUAAGAAAGAUCAUCAGCUUGAUAACAAUUUUAUUCUUUAAAUAAAAAAAACCAAUUUAAU